UUUUAUUUUAAUUAUCAUUACCAUUAUUAUAAUUUAGUUCCUAAUUACAAAUAGGAAUGCCAUUGAUAAGCUUCAAAUAACCUUUUCAGAUUAUUCCACUCUAAUUUCAUUUGUUCUAGUCUAGGAUAAUCUUAAAGUUACCAGAUCUUGACUGCAAAACUGCCCAGGGCCACUGCAAUUUCCCUUCCCCUUUGCCGCCAUAAAGCUCUAUAAUUCAUGUAGCUCUAAUAAACACAAGCUUGCUUCGAGGAGACGUUACCAAGCAUCACAUACACCUUCUUGCCUCCGUGAUAAACUGCUGACUACAACUUUAAUGAAGACCGUAUGGGGCCAAGCGCUGUUUUACGAAGCGGCCCGCCCUAAUCCUUCGGCGUUGCGUUAAAACCUGCGGAAACCACAUUCUCCGUCCGGCCGUGAAGCGAUUUUUCGUACUAGCGCUUGAAGCAAAGCGAUCCGGGGGCUCGACCGGCAGUCGAGGCUCUUUGCAAACGGGCGAGAGAAGACAUCGACAGGCAGGGAUAUGGGGGGGGGGGCAGCUGAGAGAGCAUUGAUGGACAUAGUCGGCGAGGCAGGGGCGCUUUUCCCGCCAAAGGAUCCUUUCCCAUGGCGUCUGAGCGAUCUUUCUCCGCCUGGCCUGGUUUAGUCGGCGCAGGCGCCGGUACGCUCCGCUUCAGACCUGACGGAUCCCCUCACCCCGUGAGCUGGGAUGCGCGGGAGGAGAUCCCGGCGUGCUGUCAUUGGACAGCAAAUUGUUUGUCUGACUCGUUUGAUUUUUUUUUUUUUUAACUGCACAACGGAUUUGAAAAACAGCACCCGGGGCUCUUGCGGGCUUUUCUGCCUCGUCAAAAUAUGCACAAUGACGGGUGCCGUUCAGCCCCGUAGUGUAAAUCCGGUGUUGUUUCAGACGGAGCAGCAGCUCCCGGUUCAGCAACAGUUGAAAGUUACGCGGCUGCCACAUUUAGGCUGCCAAAACCAGAUGAUCACGAGGCGGCAGCCGAGAGCUUCUGUGUCCCUUUUUCACCACAUAGUGGCUCCACGGGUUUUUCCCCUGCUAAUCUAACGACCUUUCAUGAUGCAAGACAGCCAGACUGUACGGUAUCAUAGUUCCGAGGUUGGGCUAGAAUAACGGAGACCUAGUUUCAAGGCUGCUCUCAUCUGUGGGAAUUCAUUAAGGGAUUUAGCUGAGUUUCUUUCCAGAGACUAAAAAGAGAAGCAGGCAAAGCUGCUUGGAUAAAAAUCCCCAAAGCUCCAAAGCCUGGCAGAUCAGGAAGUGGAGUUUCCCCAAUCUGCUCUUGAAGGGUGCAUCUGGAGAAUGAGCUGGGCUACACCCUGACUCUGCAGAAUAUGUGUAAAGCCUCCUCAGCCUAAACAGAUCCAGGAACCCUCCCCUACAAAGGGUGGCAUCCUGACAUGGAGGAACCUUCCCUGACAUCAAGCGAAGGCGGCUACUAUCCGGUGAAGAAAGGAGAGACAUUCAAUGGAAGAUACCACGUGGUCCAAAAUCUGGGCUAUGGGUUCUUCUCAACAGUCUGGCUUUGCCAAGAUGCUGGGAAAAAGAGGUGUGUGGCUGUGAAGGUACCCAAAGGAGGGGAGAAUUUUGCUGAGGCAGCCCUGGAUGAAGUCAUGCUCCUUCGCUAUGUGAAUAGCAAGCGGAGGAAAGACCGAGGCAGUGAUUGCAUCAUCCACCUUUUGGAUGAUUUCAAAAUGGUUGGAGAAAAUGGCUUCCAUGUGUGCUUAGUGAUGGAGCUGCUGGGACCUUCACUGCAGACUUUGCUGAGCAUCCGAGGCUACCAAGGCCUCCCUCUGCCCUUUGUCAAGAAGGCCAUGCGCCAGAUACUCCAAGGUUUACAUUUCCUGCACAAGGAAUGUCGCAUCAUCCACACAGACAUCAAACCAGACAACAUCCUGCUGUAUGUUACCGAAGAAAACCUGCACAACAUGGUUUCUUUGCACCACAGCCUGGGAGGAAACCACAAACCCAGGACAGGAGAUGGCCCAGCACCUCUUCUGGACUGCUGCAACCUAAUGAAAAUGGGAGUGAAAAUUGCAGACCUGGGAAGUGCAUGCUGGAGCUACAAACCAUUCUCCCAAAAGAUCCAGACCCAGCCCUACAGAGCUCUGGAGGUUCUCCUUGGAUUAGAUUACAGCACCCCAGCUGAUAUCUGGAGCACCGCCUGCUUGGCUUUUGAACUGGCAACUGGAAAGCACCUUUUUGAACCUCAUGGCAGCCAGUGUUUUUCCAGAGACGAUGAUCACGUGGCUCGGAUCAUUGAACUUCUGGGCAAAAUCCCACCCAAAAUGGCUUUGCUUUGGCAGCAGACAUCAACUUUCUUCAGCAGGCAAGGGGCUCUUCUCCGGAUGUCCUGGAUCUCUUUCUACGACCUCCCUCACAUCCUCACGGAUAAAUACAGCUGGCCAAAGCCUCAGGCCUCCCAUUUUACCAGUUUCCUCCUGCCCAUGCUGGAGUAUGCCCCAGAGAGACGGGCACGGGCUGACAAAUGCCUCCAGCACCCCUGGCUCAGCCACUAGGGCUGCAUCUUCAGACCUCCUCUGCCACUCCAGCUGAGAUACAGGUAGUCCUCAACUUACGACCAUUCGUUUAGUGACUGAAGUCCCAACAGCACCGGAAAAAGUGACUUAUGACCAUUUUUCACACUCGCUGCAGCAUCCCCGCAGUCACCUGAUCAAAAGGUGGACACUUGGCAACCGGCUGCUAUUUGUGACGGUUGCGGUGUAUCCUGGGAUCACGGAAUCCUCUUUUGUGAUCUUUUGAUAAGCAAAUUCGAUGGGGAAGCCCGAUUCACUGCAGUGAUCCACUUAACAACUGUGGCAAGAAAGGCUGUAAAAUGGGGCAAGAGUCCCCAUUAACAACUACUUUGCUUAGCAAAGGAAAUUUGGGGCUCAAUCAAGGACUACCUGUAUUGGAAAAGUAGGCAAAUCUCCCCUUCAUAACAAUUUCUUUAGGACCAAACUAGCUAUGAUGUUAGCUGUGUGAAUUCAGUUUCCCGUUUAGUAUAAGGUACACUGCAGCUUUCCAGUACAGAGAGCAAAGCAGUGGUGGGAUUCAGCCAGUUCGUACCGGUUCGGUAGAACCGGUAGCUAUUUUUUUGUUGCCCAAGUCCAGAAUGGACUUCUGGAAGCGGCAUCCACACAGAGAACCGGCUGUUCACAUAUUUGAAUCCCACCACUGGAGCAAAGCAAUAUAUAUAUUUUUUCUGUAGGCCAUAGUCUUCCAAGCGCUUUCUUUGAAACGAAGACAGCAAGUCUGGAAAAGAAAGGUUGGGUGAUUUCAGAUAGAGGAAUUUUAACCAUAUCAGUCACGAUCAAGCCAUCCUAGCAUCUCUUCUGCAACAUUUUUUUCCUUGGGAAGAAAAAUGACAAAAGUCGCAGGAGCAACAAGGGAGGGUUACAAAUAGGAGAUCUUCUGUAAAAAAUCUAUGGCUGAGCCAAUCGCAAAGUUAAAAAAAAAAAAGAGGAACAGAAAUAAUUAAAUUGCUCUUUCUCACUUUCCACGGUUCUUGGACUGCCCGAACUUGCUCAAUCUUGUAACAUACAUAACAAACACAGGCAUCAUCAACCACAUUUACCAUCUUAAAUAUCAUUGCUUGUUUGGUUUUUUUAUAUAUAUACAUUGGGAUGGAGGCCAACCACAUUAUGGCUAAGUAAUCCCAGACAAUCUCUGCUAGGGAGAGGAGCUUUCCUUUGUGGGUUAGUUCAGCUUGGUGUUCAGCGUUCAGCUGUUCUAUCACAAUGAACAGGGCUCAACCUAUUCUGCAAAGCACCUGAGGGCAAGACAAGGAGUACUGGAUGGAAAAUUUUCAAGAGAAAUCCAACCUAGAAAUUUCCUGAAAG